GAGUUGAUGUAGUUGUUUCUUUCAGGUAGAGUUUUAAUCCUGGAGUUCAGACAUGACUGAAGGAACGUGUGUGCGGAGGAGAGGGGGUCCGUAUAAGACUGAAGCGGUGACAGACCUGACCCGCUGGAGACUCAGUAAUGUAGAGGGCAGGCAGUCAUGGAGGUACCUGACAGAUGAAGAUUCACAUGAGAGGAAGCUGAACAUGCUAGAAGCUCACUCUCUGGGACUGGAGACGAGUGAGUUCGCUCCUGCCUCCGCUGCUGCUCAGUCCACAGUUGAGGCCGUUCUGAAGGGAAUGGAGUUUUAUGUUCGUCUCCAGGCCGAAGACGGUCACUGGGCGGGGGACUAUGGUGGACCACUUUUCCUGCUGCCAGGUCUUCUUAUAACCUGCCAUAUUGCACAAAUCUCUCUGCCAGAGGCCUGGAAGAAGGAGAUGGUAAGGUACUUGCGUUCUGUGCAGCUGCCGGAUGGAGGCUGGGGUCUGCAUAUUGAAGAUAAGUCGACUGUAUUUGGCACAGCGCUCAGUUACGUCACGCUGAGGAUCCUGGGAGUUGAUCCUGAUGAUUCAGAUCUGGUCCGGGCAAGAAACAACUUACACAGCAAAGGAGGUGCAGCAGGUAUACCAUCCUGGGGGAAGUUCUGGCUGGCCAUUCUGAACGUGUAUAGCUGGGAGGGGAUGAACACUCUUGUUCCAGAGAUGUGGCUCUUUCCGACCUGGAUGCCAGCACAUCCGUCCACCCUGUGGUGCCACUGCAGGCAGGUCUACCUUCCAAUGAGCUACUGCUACGCUGUUAGACUGUCUGCACUGGAGGAUUCACUGGUGCUCAGCCUGAGACAGGAACUGUAUGUGCAGGAUUAUUCCACCAUUAACUGGCCGGCUCAAAGAAAUAACGUCGCUCCCUCGGACAUGUACACCCCCCACAGCAGUCUGCUCGAUACGGCCUACUACAUUUUAAAUCUGUAUGAGACUCACCACAGUACUGCACUGAGAGAGAAAGCCAUCCAAGAACUUUAUGAUCACAUCAAAGCAGACGAUCGCUUCACAAAGUGCAUCAGUAUCGGCCCGAUCUCGAAAACCAUUAAUAUGUUGGUGCGCUGGCAUGUUGAUGGACCAACAUCUGCAGUCUUCCAGGAGCAUGUGGCGAGCAUCUCUGAUUACCUCUGGUUAGGUCUUGAUGGCAUGAAGAUGCAGGGCACUAAUGGAUCUCAGCUAUGGGACACUGCCUUCGCAGUACAAGCAUUUCUUGAGGCAGAUGCCCACAAUGAACCCAGAUUUAAGCAGUGCUUGCUAAAGGCGCACCAGUUUCUUAAUCUAACUCAGGUUAAAGAGAAUCCUCCUGAUUAUGAGAAGUACUACAGACAAAUGAACAAGGGAGGAUUUCCGUUCAGCACGAGGGACUGUGGCUGGAUCGUAGCUGACUGCACAGCAGAAGGCCUGAAGUCGGUGAUGUUGCUGCAGGAGCAGUGCAGCUUCAUCACAGAUCACAUCCCCUCACAAAGACUCUUCGAUGCGGUCAAUGUGCUUUUGAGCAUGAGAAACAGUGAUGGUGGCUUUGCGACGUAUGAGACCAAACGUGGAGGAAAACUGCUAGAGCUGCUCAACCCAUCAGAAGUGUUCGGUGAUAUUAUGAUUGACUACACGUAUGUGGAGUGCACGUCAGCUGUGAUGCAGGCUCUGCAGCACUUCCAUCAGGUUUAUCCUUCACAUCGAGCUCAGGAGAUCAGGAAAACACUUCAGCAGGGGCUUGAUUACUGCAGACGGACACAAAGACCUGAUGGCUCAUGGGAAGGGUCAUGGGGGGUCUGCUUUACUUAUGGAGUGUGGUUUGGACUGGAAGCGUUUGCCUGCAUGGGUCAUAUCUUUCAGGAUGGCAGUGACAAGCUGGUGUGUUCUGAGGUGAAGCGAGCCUGUACGUUUCUGCUCUCUAAGCAGAUGGAGGAUGGAGGCUGGGGUGAAGAUUUUGAAUCGUGUGAGCAGCGGUGCUACGUACAGAGCAAAAACUCCCAGAUACACAACACAUGCUGGGCUCUCCUGGGUCUAAUGGCUGUCAGGUACCCUGAUCGAGCGGUCAUCGAGCGUGGCAUACAGGUUUUAAUUGACAAGCAGCUUCCCAAUGGCGACUGGCCACAAGAGAACAUCUCCGGGGUCUUUAACAAGAGCUGUGCCAUUAGUUACACUUCCUAUAGGAACGUGUUUCCGGUUUGGACGCUUGGCCGUUUCUCGCGCCUCUACCCGUCCAGCUCUCUAGCUAGGAAACUGUGAGGCAGUAAUAUUUAUAUUAAUAUUAAUAUCUAACAGCCUGUCUGUCUCAUUACAUGAAAUUAGGACUGACCUGUCUGUUUGGGUUUGUCAUGAUUGUAGUGAUUGAUUUAUUUGGACUGUUUAGUAAAUAUGUUCAAUUAAACUGUAAUUUUUAAUAAAUAAUUAUUAUUUUUCUAUAUUUACAAUGUACAAUAAACAGUGUUACGCUACAUUUACAUUUA